AUAUGCGCUAGCCAGCACCUACUUUGUAUUUACAUACAUACUUGUUUUUUUUACUGCGCAGUUUGCGACUUUUCGCUCAAUUCAAAUAAAUUCAUAAAAAUUUAUCGUAGCCGUUGACAACUUGGCCUCUAGCCGGCGCUAUGGCCUGGUUUCGUAGGGACGAGGCAAAACGUGAUAGUGGCCCCCAAUCAUCUGAAAGCCGCAUUAACGAGCCCAAAAUGCCAGCGGCCGCAGUGCGGGAAGCUGACAGAGAAGACUCAAUCCGUCAAACGGACACCGAACUGACAUCGCCAACUUCACUGCCCAAGGAAACAGGGGUAUUUGAUUCAAGAUUUCACGGACUGUUAGCACCGGUAUUUUCCUGUUUCAAGGAUGAUGAACGUCGGUCCUUGGACGUCCGUCCUAUCAAUCGGUAUGCGGAAUGGCUACGCACCCAAAUGAUUUCGGGCGUCCUAAUCAAUGGCGUUGUCGGCGAGGGUCCAAUGAUGCGUGUGCGCGAACGAAAGGCGAACUGUGAAUAUUGGCAACGUGCGGCUGUUCGGCAUAAUCUGAUGAUAAUGGUUCAGGUGGGCGGUGCACCACUAGCCGAUGUCGUCUCACUAGCCGCCCAUGCGGAAGCGGUUCGCGUUAGUGGAGUUGUCACAUUGCCUGAACUGUUCUAUCGUCCACGCAAUGUGGAUCAAUUGGUUAAAUAUUGCCAGCAUGUGGCCAAGCGUUGCAAUACGAGACCCUUUUUCUAUUAUCAUAUGCCCUCGAUGACGGGCGUGGAGCUAGACAUGGUUGAGUUUUGCUCCAAGGCUGAAAAGUGCAUAUCGAAUUUUAUGGGUCUAUACUAUGCCAGCGCUGAUCUGGAAAUGGGUCAGCGUUGCUUGCGCUUCGGACGUCUCGUCAUGCUGGCAUCCACAGCAUUGCUGGCCAGCGGCCUUAUGUCCGGUUUCAAUUGCAGCAGUUUGGUCGUUGUUAACAUUCGACCCGAUCUUGUGCACAAGAUUUGCGAAGCCUUCGAUGACAACAAUCUGCAACUGGCCAGAGAAUACCAAAGGGAGUUAAAUCAACUUAUUGAGAUACACACACACGACAGCCAGUUGGAGUACUGGGUGGUUUCCAUGAAGAAUUGGUUUAACAAAGAGUUUGGCUCACGGCAAGUUGGCAACUUUUCCGCUGGCCCGGCACGGAUUGUAUACUAGGAUCAUUUUUCUUAAGCUGUUCAAAUAAUUAAUAUCGUGUAUCAAAAUUGUCGCAACAACCUUAAUGAUGUACAUAAUAAUGACUGACUGAUUUGUGUUCAACACCCGGAUCAUGACAACUCAUAGGGAAUAGUUAUGAUGGAGUGAAGACUGAAGACUGAAGACUGAAGAUCGCGAAAACUAUUUCAAAAUCCCUAUAUUCUGGCUUUCCCUAUUUGAAUACUGACAGAUAUUUUCCAAUAUCAUAUAGAUUCCAAAGCACAAACAAAUCUAUGAAACAAAUAAUUUAAUUACAUUAAAAAUAUGUC